AUGAAGACCUACGGCGUCUCGGAUACUAUCAUUUCCCAGCCAGUGACAGAGCAUACCCUAUUUUUCGCAGGAAGCACGACGAAGGCCUUCACUUCUGCGGCCAUUUCUCUCCUUGUUGACGAUAACAUUAAUUUCCCAGCAAUCCAUUGGAAUACACCGGUUCACACUAUUCUUCCAACGGACUUUGUACUCAAUGAUACUUGGGCUACGUCGCAGAUGACAAUUAUUGACAUUUUGUCUCAUCGCUCUGGCCUACCACGCCACGACUGGGUUUGGCUCGCCAACAUCACACUUCAAGAAGCUGUACAAUCAAUGAGACAUCUCCCAUUUACGGCUUCUCCACGAACAGAAUGGCAAUAUUCCAAUCUUAUGUACGGCGUGGCGUCUCAUCUUAUCGAGACUGUGACGAACCAAUCGUUACAGGUUUUCUUUACGGAAAAUAUUUGGCUGCCUAUGAAUAUGACAGAAACUUAUGUUUCCCUCUCCGAGGCUCGAGCCGCACAACGAGAUAUUUCACAAGGCUACUACGUGGAUUUGGACGGUAAAAUUGCCGCCACCGAGCGAAUAUUCACGGAUACUAUCCGGGGAGCAGGCAACAUACUGUCAUCGGUAUCAGACUACGCUAAGUGGAUUUCAACCAUGCUAAAACGGGGACCACCGUUCUCCCAGACAGGGUACGACGCAUUUGGCGGCCACUUUAUAGUAUCGCCUAAUCCCAUGGAGCCGUUUCAGACUCCUACUCUUUAUGGACUAGGAUGGAUGUCGCACGCAUAUAAAGGCGAGAGGAUACUGUUCCACGAAGGAUCCCAGUUUGGGUAUGGAGCGUCCGUUAUGCUCUUACCACAGCGAGACUUCGGGCUUGUGUUAUUAGGCAAUAAUAUGGACGGGGUUAAUGCGGCAUCAAAUGCACUUGCGUAUCAUCUGAUUGACGAAGAACUGGAAAUUCCCCUCGAUAGUCGAUUUGACUGGGUUGCAAGAGGCGAUGCAAUGAUCAACGACGGACGCCUUUCCGAUAACAUCCUAUCAGAGCUCUACCCGAGAAUCCCCGACCCUCCGUUGGCAAGCCCUAUCAACUUGUCUGCUUACGAAGGAUCCUAUACACACCCAGCUUACCCGGAGUUGAGGAUGUCCAGAAACUGCACCAAGGGUGACAGCGCUCUAAACCGAACAACCCCUGACCUGUGCGCCUCACUUGUAAAAUAUAAUGACUAUUCCAAAGAUUUGGAAAUCAAAUUUUUUCACGUUUCCGGUACAUACUGGGUUCAAAUUGCAGUGCGAUGGGGCGUUCCCAGUGCCGCCCGGGUGGAGUUUCUGAUUGGCCCUGAUGGCUUAGCAAGCUGGUUAGGAAUUGAGAUCGAUCCUUUGAUGGCGAACCGGGGGGAAAAGAUAUGGUGGAGACAUGUGCUAUAG